GCCGUCUCCAUGCCUUCCACUUUCCUGCGAUCACGUGACCGGCGCCACGUGACCUUGAGGGAGGCGGAAGUCUAUGGAGGAAACGCGGUGUCGCCGCCUCGCGCACGAUUGGCGGCCCUAGCGCGUGAAGGGGGCGGAGCCGAUAGCCCCCGCGCUCAUUGGCUCCGUCGGGGGACGUCAGGGCGGCGAUUGGCCGGGGCUUCCAGCGCGCGCGGCGUGUCCUUGGCCGCCUACCCACCCCCACGCCUGAGGCGCGCGGCCUUCUCUCGCGUCCCCUCAGCGGCGGUUUCGGCGGGAAGAGGCGAGAGCGGCGGGAGGAUGCGUUGGCUCCCCGGGCCGGGCUCCGGCUGGGCCGGUCGGGGCCUGCGGUUGGGACUGGUGGUGGCGACGGCGGCGCUGCUGAUCCAGGCGCUGCGCGGCUGGGCCUCCUCGCGGCGCUUCGAGUUCGAGCCUGAGGAGAUCGCGCGCCUGGCCAAGCACCACGCCGGCCUGGACCACGAGCUGGCCUUCGCCAAGAUCAUCGUGGAGCUGCGGCGGAGGCACCCGGGCCACGUGCUGCCGGACGAGGACCUGCGCUGGGUGUUCGUCAACGCCGGCGGCUGGAUGGGCUCCAUGUGCCUCCUGCACGCCUCCCUCUCGGAGUACGUGCUGCUCUUCGGCACCGCCGUCGACACCGGUGGCCACUCAGGUCGCUAUUUGGCUGACAUUUACGACACGGUCAUCUCGGGGACCUUCCGGCAAUGGAAAGAAGGAACGACUAAAAGUGAGAUUUAUUACCCAGGAGACACCGUUGUCCACAGUUCCGGAGAGGCCACCUCCGUGCAGUGGAGCGCCGGCACGUGGAUGGUCGAGUAUGGCCGAGGCUUCAUCCCCUCCACCCUGACCUUUGCCCUCGCUGACACGAUCUUCAGCACUCAGGACUUUCUCACCCUCUUCUACACCCUCCGGGUUUAUGCCAAGGCCCUGGUCUUGGAAGCUAACACGUACUUCAGCAGCACGAGUCAGUGAGUCUGGCCCCCCAUUCCCAGCCAAUGAAAGGGUUGCCCUCUUCCCUGCCUUCCUGUCUCGUGUGCUAGCGAACCUCGUGCAGCUCCCGGGCUUGCACAGUUGGGUGCAUUGCACAUGUGCCAGGAAGCAGAGGUGGCUCCACGUCCUUCUCAGUUGCCCAUCCAUGGAUACCCGAAUGUCCAGCUGUUCACAAGUUGAUGAUUUGGUCUCUUGUGGAGCCGCGCAGAGAAAGAAAAAAAGAAAGUCCCGGGUGCUUUAUGGAAGGAGUGGUGCCCACGGGCAGUGGCAUCGGUGCACAGUUGACCCAAAUAAUGCCAUUUGCAUGGUGGCCUGUAUCUGGUCAUGGUGGCAUUUGCCAGGCGCCUUUGGAAAGAGACAUUGCAUCCUCCUUGCAUGCUUUGAGUAGAGAUGCCUCCUAUAACAUUGUCGCCAAGCUCCGUUGGGCCUUCUCUGCUUUGUUCCAAACGGGCCUCUUCAUCCCCACAAAUUUGAUAGGCAGCUGAGAAAUGAUAGCAGAACUUUUUGGAUUGAGCCCUUAAGCGUAUACAUUUGCACUACUGUUUUAAGGCAGACAAAUACUUCCGGGCACUUCCUUUUCCUUCCUUCCCCACUUCAAUUUCUAGAUGGAAAACGGGUAAUUUGGCUGAGCAAUAUCUGCAUUCACAGGUUGGAAAACACCCAUGCAGACUGGUGUUUUGGCUGGGCUUCUGGAAAGUUCUUUCCGGCAGACUCGCGUUGUUCCCCUGGGAUCUCUGCGUAUGGAUCUCUCACAACUCUUAUCUUGCUCCUUACCUGGAUAAAUAGUUUGGAGUUUUCCUUGGGUCUAUCGUGAACCUUUUUCUCUCACCACAAAUCAGCCAACUGUGCUCCUUUAUGGACAAUUAAUUCAUCCUUCCUUACAUGCUCGCAGGACCCAAUUUCAGCUGAUUUCUUCGUCUGUUUUAUGUCUUCCAAAUGAUUUCAAAGAAGACUGGGAAGGGAGAUAUAUUUUCCCAUUCCUAUCAUAUUCUCCUCCUCCAUUCUGGAGAUAGAAAAAAACCAACUCACAAUGAGUUGGUGAUUAUUGUCCACACGUACCUCAUGCAUUUCAGACUAGAUGUUUUUGGAGCUAAAUCUAGCCUCUUCAAAUUAGUAGGCUGGGUCGGUUAGCUCCCUUGUGGAAUUUGCACGUUUCUAUCCACCACCACCCCUCUUCUCCGUCCAUGGCCCAGUGAAACACCUCAUACAAAACAGCUUGUUGGUUUUGAAGAGAUGCUAUUAUAGUUAAGCAGUAGCUGCUGUGUAGUAGGACAAUUAGCAUUUUAGCUGCCUUUCGUGACUGGUUCUUCCUGUAUGUCUUAAUGCCUGGAGCGCCAAUAACCAAAAUGUCUUUUGCAGCCCUCCUUUUCUUCCAAAAAAAAAAAAAAGAUUGUAAACAUUCUCAAGAUCUCAUCCAGUUUGGUUCUGUCAUAAUGCAGAACCGCCAUCCGUCACCCGAACUAUGCGCCUUAUUCUCUUGAGCUAUGCACGUGUGUGUGUGCGUGUGUAUUUAUAUAUAUAUAUAGAUAUAUAUAUACCUCCUGUUGUUGAUGUUAUCUGGCUGAGAACCAGGUGUUCAUGGAGUUUAAGUGGAAGAACGGGGGCCGGGGAUCCAGCGUGGCUGAACCUGCUUGACUCAAAAAUGGACCUUCUAGAGUUGCAGAAAUGGCCAAACCCUGAAUGUUCAGUUCUUUGACUUGAAAUUCAAGCAAUGGGACCAACCCCAGGGUUGUUGAUUUUCUAGAGCAGGGGUCUUCAAAUUUGGUAGCUAUGCUGGCUGGAGAAUUCUGGGAGUUGAAGUCCACAAGUCUUAAAGCUGUCAAGUUUGGGGACCCCUGCUCUAGACCAAACCAAGGCACCUCUUCUUCCUUCUGUUAGAAUAUUCCAAAAUUGCAAACAUCAAAAAAGGGGCAUCACUACUUAACAAUGAAGUUUCUUUUCUUCGUACGCAGUAUUAUUAACCAGAAGGUCCUGUUCCCUGUAGCAUGGAAACUAAGCUUGUGGUAUUGGUCGUCAGUUCUGGACUGUUCCUGGUUCCAGAAUCCUCAUCCUGAACGCUUCAGUCUUCUGAAAGAGUCCUCCGUCUUCCCCAGGACGCUCUUGAGAUUGCUAGAUUGUCAAAACUUUUGCUCCAUGUUAGCCCAGACUGCUUCCAGUCUGGAUCCUUCCUUUCUCCUCAGCUUAGUUUUGCCUACAUGAAAGAGCUAGAUGGAAAGGGAGCCUCAUCCCUUCUUGUGUGUUUUUGAAAAUCUUCCCCCCCCCCCCCACAAUUCAUCAUUUGGUUUCUCUUCCCCCCCCCCCACCCAAGGUGGGCAGAAGUUGAUACGUAGAAAGUGCAAGUAGAUGACAAUAAUGGUUUGUCCUGGCCGUCCCCAGUGUAGUUGGGGAGAGGGUCUCUGAUCCCUCCUUGCAACAGCCCUGGGAAGCCUCUUUGGCCCAGUAGCCACAUUUGAUGACAAGUUGCCUCUACCAAUGAGAGAGCCCAAACGCUUCCCUCCCUCCCCUCCCCCCCCCAUAAGGGCAUCCUUGGCCUUUACAAAUAUCUGCUUUUUUUUUUCUCCCUGGGAAUUGAAUAUUAGUCUUAGGCACACAUUUCCCCACCCCUUUCCUCCCACACUGAGCUCAAGCCUUCCUUUGUUCAGGUCAGAUCAAAGGCAGUGACGCAUUGCAGAAAGUUUGCCCGGCACCGAGGUCUCCCUCCGCGCCUCUCCUUCUGCUGGUCACUCUCUCUGAAACCGUCCUUCAGUGAGGCUGGCAGCUAGCUGGCAUGGACAGUCCAGAAUUUGCAGUCCGUUGGAACCAUCGGUCAAAUAUAUAAGCAUGUCUCCGGUUUCUGUUUCUCGGUUACUGCAAACGUAUCAUGUCUGAUGUUCACGAACCAAGUGUUUGAGAAUCCGUGCGGGUGUGUGAUUGUUAUACUUUGACUAAAAAAAACAAAAAACAACCAAUACAAUGGACUGUGAUUAAA